AUGAGCGUUUGGGGGCCGUGGCCCAAGAGUCCUUCGACAUAUCCCUGCCGCCAAACUGAUGUCGAGCCUCCUACAGCGGAUCUCCUUAGCUCAGAGACCACCCUUACAGAAUUCCUCGAAAGUGUAGCGAAUGCAGACAACGUCUCGCUCGACGCGAGCUCCUCCAAUGCCACUGCGGCAAAUGUCACGCACCCGGGCGGGGAACUGAUGCAAGGUGUGAACUACGGAGCAACUCAUAUCCCCUGUGCAGGCGCGAAGGCUGCAGAGCCGGCCACCGACGCGCCCGGGGAGCUCCUGACGAACAGCACUAAAGCCGAUGUUGGAAACAGGAGCAACACCACGCUGCGGGGCAUGCUUCACGGAGAUGUGGAGGCCGCCCCUAUGCAGUCCAUGGCCUGGCUUCUUGUGUGGAUCUGCUGCUGCUCUUUCUGCUGCUACAGCGCGUCACACCAGGACGAGGCGCGGCAGAUUCCAGUCUUUACGGGGUCGGCCGGGUCGUGCCUUCGCUGA